CCUGACGAACCAGAGACGGAACAGAAGCAACAGGAUGGAAAUUUACUAAUGAGGCUACCUCCAGAGCUCCGGGACAAAGUCUAUUUCUAUCUAUUUUCUUCAACUCGAUUCAUGUAUGGACAGAGAUUCGUCCUCGACCAAAAAUACACACCGCUGCAGUUUUACACACGUGUAGCUUACCUCGGAUCAGAGAUUCUUCGUCCACCUCGUCAUGGCCUCGCGCUACUACGUAGCUGUCGCCAAGUACAUCUCGAAAUUGGCAGUGCGUGGUUGGAACAUGUCAUCUUUUGUUUUGAGUCCCCGAUUGCAAUGCUCCGUCGAUUGGACAGGGUGCCUCUGGAGACGCGCUCACUCAUUCGACAUGUGCGGAUUGCAAGCGACGCAUUGCAAGUUCCUCUGAGUUCACCAGCGGAAAAGAAGGUUAUUGAUGGUUGCUUCAAACUCCUACUUCAAAUGAACCUUUACACGCUGACGGUAUUUGGCCCUGCGAUUCCUUGCUGGUCUCACGAAGACUUGGAUCUCUUUAUCAAGUACGGCAGAGGAUGGAAGGAGCUUCGCUACAUAACAUAUACCUCAGCUUUCGUCGACAUUAUAUCCUCCAACCGCGGAAAGACAAUCACACUACCUAGCGAACCGCAACCCGCAGCCUGGCAGCGUGAUCUUGAGAACCGUGAUGGCCCAAACUCUGGAGCUUCUGUUACCAUUUACAAAUCUGCAGAUUCUAAGAACCCCCUGUCUGUCAUGUGCUCGACUAUGCGGGCAGAGUUGUCAUAUCCUCCAACUCCAACAACGGGCGUCGAUCAUUUGAACACAGACGGGAUUUCUCAAAGCCUGGACUUGAAAGAUGAUAAAAGAGGCAUCUUAAUCGUGGUAAAGCGAGGCAAAAAUGCAGAUUGGCAA